AGAUUCAGAAGCCCUCUUUUCAGGCUUCACUCCAAUCGGAGCAGUUCACUUCUCCAUAGCCUUGAAAUAUUUCACAGUAUUAUAGCUGUUAGACGGGACAAGCAUGAUUCUUCUCACUGUGCUUUUCCCGUGCAUCAUUUCCACCUACUCAGCAUCUGUGAAAGGCCACAAUACUGGUCCACGAAUAAACAAUGACAAGUUAUAUAAGUUCGCCUACUCCACAGAGGUGCUUCUGGACAGGGUGAAAGGCUCAUCAUCCCUGGAGAGUGCAGGCUACCGAAUUUCAUGUGGCGUGGAUGUCAACUUAGUAUGGAGAAAUCCCAAUAAUGAUGACGAUCAGCUGAUCAAAAUUGCGAUUACAGAUGCAAAAGUUGAAAACGUAUAUGAGCGUCCAAAAAAGAAAAACAUUUUUGAAAGAAAAAAUACAGCAGCAGUAAUUGGAAAAGAGCACCUGGCAGCUUUAAAAAGGCCUGUAGUUCUGCAGUGGACUCGUGGAAAGGUUAAGAACUUCUACUCCUAUGAAAAUGAACCUGCUGUUAUUCAGAAUCUCAAGAGAGGCCUGGCUAGCUUGUUUCAGAUACAGAUGAACUCUGGGACUGUCAAUGAGGUGGAUAUUUCCGGCAGAUGCGAUGUUACUUACAGGGCUCAGGAAAAUGAAAUCACUAAAAUCAAAGCCUUGAAAUCUUGUAAAUUAGAACGGACAGGAUUUACCAGCCACAGUCAGCUCUUUGACAUCAGCCAAAAAUCAGUAUCUGCCACAACGUAUGUGCUGGAGGACACUUUUAUUAAAUCAGUGCGGGCAGAAGAAAAUCACAUUUUGAACGUGAAUAUUCAGCGAGCAAUUGAUGCGAAAGUAGUUUCGAAGCAGAGACUGGAACUGAAGUCAACUGAAGCUGGCCCAAGAGUGAUGGCUGGGAAGCAAGUUGCUAAGAUUAUCAAGGCUCUGGAUUCAAAUUACGUUGCAAUUUCGCUUGCAGCAGAGCCUGUCUCGGAUGAAUGUAAAAGUUGCCCCACACUCAUUCAGCAGUGGAAGACUAUCCGGCCACAGAUGGAACCCGAAAACCUUUCCAAAGCUGAUGCUGUGAAAGGAUUUUUGUCUUUCAUUCAGAACUUGAGGAAAGCUACAACAGAAGAGAUUCUUCAGAUUCUGAGAAGUGAAAGCAACGUGGAAGUCCUUCCCCAGUUAGUUGAUGCUGUGGCCUCUGCACAGACCUCAGCCUCUCUGAAAGCUAUGCUGGAUUUCCUGGAUUUCAAGAACAAGAGUGGAUCUGUCCUUCAGGAGAGGUUCCUCUAUGCCUGUGGAUUUGCUUCUCAUCCCAACGAGUUGCUACUCAGAUCUCUAAUUAAUACAUAUAACAGCCAGAUCGGCAACAGCGAAAUCCGAGAAACAGUUGUCAUCGUUAUUGGGGCCCUCAUCAAAAAGCUGUGUGACAAGGGAGAAUGCAAACUGCCUGCUGUUAUGGAAGCCAAGAAGCUGAUCUCUGGAGGUUUGAACAGGGCAAAGACGGCUGAUGACGUGAAGGUCUACCUUUUGGCAUUGAAGAAUGCUGUUUUGCCUGAAGCUAUUCCAGACCUUCUGAAAUACGCCGAGUCAGGAGAAGGCCCCAUCAGCAAUGUUGCUGUUUCUGCUCUGCAGAGAUAUGACCAUUCUUUCAUUACCAGUGAGGUGAAGAAAACCAUGAACAGGAUUUAUCACCAGAACCAUAAAGUUCACGAGAAGACGGUACGCACCACAGCAGCUUCCAUCAUCUUCAGCAACAAUCCUUCCUUCAUGGAAGUAAAAAACCUCCUGCUCUCUAUUGGAGAGCUGCCUCUGGAAAUGAAUAAGUACAUGCUUUCGCUAAUCCAGGACAUUCUACGUUUUGAAAUGCCUUCCAGCAAAAUGAUCCGCAAAGCUCUGAAGGAUAUCUCCAUCCAUAACUAUGACCGAUUCGCGAAAACAGGUUCUUCCUCAGCUUUCUCAGGUUACUUAAUACGCACUCCGGAUUUGUCAUCCACCUAUAGCCUUGACAUACUCUACUCUGGCUCUGGAAUCUUAAGAAGAAGUAACCUGAAUAUCUUUCUUUUCAAUAAAUACGCACAACUUCAUGCCAACCAGGUGGUGAUUGAGGCUCAGGGCCUGGAAUCCAUUAUAGCUGCAUCUGCUGAUGAAGGUGAAGAAAAUCUAGAGUCCUUCGCUGGUGUGUCGGCGAUCAUGUUCGAUGUUCAGCUUAGACCCGUUACCUUUUUCCAAGGGUAUGGCGAUCUCAUGUCUAAAAUGUUCUCAGCCACUGGAGACCCCAUAAGUGUGGUGAAAGGACUCAUCCUUCUGAUGGAUUACUCACAGGUAAUUCAGCUACAGUCUGGGCUGGUUUGCAGAACGGAAUUCCAGGGAGGCCUGGCCAUUGAUAUUUCUGGAGGAAUGGAAUUCAGUCUUUGGUACAGAGAAUCCAAAACCAAUGUUAAAAACCGGGGAGCUGUGGUGAUAGUCGGCAACAUUGUUGUGGAUGCGCUCUUUGUCAAGGCUGGCAUGGAAAGCAGUGUUGAAGCCGAAACAACUCUGGACUUUGUCUCCACAGUGCAGUUUUCACAAUAUCCGUUUUUAGUUUGCUUGCAGAUGGACAAAAUUGAAAGUCCUUCCAGGAGAUACUUAGUUAAAUAUGAAAGUCUACCAUCAGGAGAAUCUUAUACCUCCCGGAAAGGAAAAGUGAGGCUGCUGGCUGGUUCCGAAUAUCCCCUUCACCAAGAGAACUCCAACAUGUGCAAGAAAGUUUUCAGUGAUCAGUCUGACUCCUUGGAAAGCUGGUUUUGAAACAGGCACCUGAUCUUUCAUUUGACCCCAACCAUGGCUGAUGUUGGCUUUCACACGUACUGUGGUGCUGGCUGUGAUACUCGAGCCCAUGAAAACUUUACUGUCAACUUCAAGAGGCCCAGAAUCUUGAGUGCGUGUUCACUGUGUUUACAUAUUUACAUAUAUUUAAAGAAACCCUUUUUUAUGUAACAGGUUAAGGAAAUCAUACAAAUUGAUGCAAUUCUAGGCACUCGUUGAGGGCCCAGUUAGAUUUGUUGUGUGGCCAUGUGCAGAUCUUCCUGAGUCCCUUUGUUUGGCUUUAAAAACACCUGGGGGCAGCCACUUUGGGUUGGGGCCACAGCGAAGGAGUAGAGAGGGCUUGACCCUUUUCCUGCACCUCAUUUCUGCAACUUAAAUCACUGUUCCUCAGUCAUGAAGCUACUUUUACCCAUGGGAAGAGAUUGGAAGGUGGAACAAUUGUCCUUGUCUUUUCUUGCUUCAUAGCAGCAUUAGAGAUGUAACAGCAGCAGUUUAAGUAGACAUGAUUCAGGGGGAAAGGGGGGGGGGGUUUCCUUUCUUAAAUAUCACAACCCUAUUCCCAGUCUUCCCCAUCACCCACCUCCAGCUACUUUUAACCAAAGAAAAUGACCACAGGAGUUCCAAUUAUCCAAUUUGGCCCUGGGGGCCAGUAUCACUCUGAUGUUGACAUUAAAAACACUAAAAACACUCACUGUUUCUUGGUUCUCCCAGGCGUUUUUAAAAUCUGCACAGUAAAAUUAAUUAUUUUAUAUUAUCGUGUUUCAGUUGUAAUCCUGCCUUUAGUGGAACCCAUUUUUAAAAGUGCAGUAGUAUUCCAUGCUAAGGUAGCACAAAUAAUCAUUAAUGCAACCCAAACUGAAACAUUACACCAGUUUCUGGACAAUUCCUGCUCAUUUUAAUGGGACAUGAGCUGAAGAUUUAGCUGGAUGCUGUUGUGUGGUUUAACUGGAAAACAAAAAAUAUUGGAGUUAGGAUAAGGGAUGGAAAUAUGCUAAUGCAUGCUGUACAAAAGAGAUAGAAUUGUAUGUGUUCAUAAAUAUUUUCCAUGUAUUAUACUAACCCCAGGCUUUUUUAAAUACUGUAUACAGUUUGCAAGAUGAAGAACAAUGCUGUGCAUGUGUACUUACUUGAAAGUAAAUCCUACUGUGUUCAUUAGGACUUACUCCCUAGUUAUGUGGUUAAGGAUGGAGGAAUACAUUUGAUUCAGGUCACAGAUUUGCACUUCCUGAAACAAUAAGUGAAAGAAAACACAGCCAUCCUUUGAAAUUCACACUUCUCUGAAUGUCGCAAUGUGGUUCUACAACCAGAUAAUGUGUACAAAAUGCAUAUAAAGCUUAUAUUAGUGUCAUAGAAAAAUUGCAGUAUAUUGGAGAAAAUUGUUUGCAACAAAACUGUUUUGUAGGCAAAACUGAAUAUACAACAUGCAAGGAAAAAUGCACACUAAACUACUGACCAAUUUGAUGUGGAAAUAUAGGGAACUGCAUUUAAGACUGGGGGGAAAUGAGAUUCUGAGAAAAUCCUGAAAUUGACAGAUUUGCCCAUCGUUAUUUAAGAUUGCACCCUUAGGCUAGUACUCCUUUUCAUUUUGUGGUUUGUUUAAUCAGCACUGUGUUUGAAAGGACUUGGGUUGUUAACCUGUGUGUUCGUAAAUGCUUGCUUAUCUUUUUUUUU